CGUCUACAAACCUCCCAUAGAGACGAGACGUGUACUUCCUGGAUGCUCAGUUAUCGCUUUGUCUUUGGAGUCUUAUACAUUACAAGCUCUCCGUAACGGGGCGUUUUCUCGGCUUCUCAUUGGCUGACUGCUAAAGCAAGAAUCAUCCGCGUGCAUCUUCUGUGACUCGACGUAACGUGUGAUACCGCUUCAUCACAUUUCUUCUUCUGGGGUUAAAACCUUUGAACUUCAUUCAGAAGUGCCCAAAAGCGCUCGAAGAUGAACGGAGACUGCGUUGACGCGCGGCGCGAGGACACAACAGAGUAAGAUAAUCUUGACGACUGUUGCUAUGCAGCUUUCAGGAUGCUGGUAAUGAUGGGCCGUCAGGACAGCAGUCCAUGCAGGUGGAUGCACAGCCUCACUUACACCCCUUCAGAUACAGCCUGGUCUACCCCAACAUAGGGUAUUGUGUCAUCAUCAACAACAAGAACUUUGACCCAAAGACAGGCAUGAACCAACGCAAUGGCACUGAUGUAGAUGCCGGAAACAUGAUGAACGUGUUUCGAAAGCUUGGAUACACUGUAAAAGUUUACAAUGACCAGAGAGCUCAGCAGAUUGUGCAAGUUUUAACCGCAGUCGCCAAGGAAAACCACAGCCGCUGUGCUUCAUUUGUGUGUGUGCUGUUGAGUCAUGGAGAUGAGGGUGAGUUUUUUGGCACCGAUGGUCCCGUGAAACUCAAGUCUCUAACCAGCCUUUUCAGAGGGGACCGCUGCCCAACACUAGUGGGGAAGCCCAAACUUUUCUUCAUACAGGCGUGUAGAGGCACAGAUCUGGAUCCUGGUGUAGAGACGGACAGUAGGCCAGAUGAACCAGAUGUGAGGAUCCCUGUUGAGGCCGACUUCCUGUAUGCCUAUUCUACAGCACCAGGUUAUUACUCUUGGAGAAACACUAUGACUGGCUCGUGGUUCAUUCAGUCUCUCUGUGAAAUGAUGUCAAAAUAUGGCAGAGAACUGGAGCUCAUGCAGAUCAUGACUAGGGUCAACCAUAAGGUGGCACUUGACUUUGAGUCGACCUCCAACACGCCAGGCUUUGAUGCCAAGAAACAAAUCCCCUGCAUUGUCUCAAUGCUCACCAAAGAGAUGUACUUCACUGCUUGAGGAUUAUAAACUGGGUGCUAAAAGGGAAGAGCAUUUUUGUGGUGUGGGAUAUAGAUUUAGGAGGUACAGUAUAGGGAUGAUACGAUUAAACACUUCUGAACACUCCUCAAAGAAGCACUGGCUUAGAAACAUUUGUAGAACAUGCUCAGUUUGGGAUUACAACUGUCUCAGGGCUGUAAUGUCGUGUUUACUAUUAAUUAUAGUCGCAGUUUCUGCUUUCGUAUGUGAAAUAUAGGUGCUAAUCUUUUGUUUGUUAUAGUGGUGUGAUCAUACAAUUCACUUGCCUCUCAUUUUCUAGUGACAAAGAUACCAUCGAAUGAGGCUUGUUGGGAUUUAUAGAAUUACACAAAUCAGGGACUUUGAUAACAUUUCUUACGAUACAGCAGUAGUUAGUGUUGAAAUAGAACUCAAUCACAGGGCAUUCUUUACACAGAGGACAGUUCACAGGUCCUCAUUUAAAAGAAACCAGUGUGCCUAUUUUAAUGUGAAUAAAAACAAUCAAAAUUACUCGCAGGUGCCUCUAUAUUGAGCCAUUUUAUAAACGUUCUGUAAUGUUACGCACAGCUGUCUGCCAAGACACAACAUAAAAGGCUUCAGCUUUCAUUUUCAGAAAAUUCCACCGAAUAUGUGUAGUGCUGUGAAUUACUAGACACAUUAUGAAUUUGAACUUAUACAGACAUAAAUGCACUUACAGUCAUUGGCCCAUAGAUUUCUCUUACACAAUUAUUUUAUAAACUGAGUAACAUGUUUCUUAUUUGUGGUAAGUGCAGCAUCCAUUACCGCAAUAGGAAGGAACUUUAACUAGUCCCUUUAAGAGUGUGAAUGUUAACAUCAAGCUGAGAGAAACUGGUCAUGCAUGCGCUUAACUGAUUGUUGUGCAAUGAACUGAAUUUAUGCUGUCAUGUGCAUGUUUGUUAUACAUAAAUACAUUCGUUUGUGUAUGUACAAACUAGACCUUUCCUAUAUACAAUAAUAAACUUCUGCAGU